UUCAUUGCAGACCUUCCUCCUCCCAGCUCACAAACACGAAGCAGAACCUGAGCCGGGCCUUUCUCGGCCCGUUGUCUGAUCCGGUCCCCGCGGCGCCGCUCGCUCUAUAAAACCGGGCCGCGUGUCCUCAGACUCAGACCAUGGCUGAGGCCGGGGUGAAGCUGCUGCCGGUGCCGGUGCUGGUGCUGGUGCUGGUGCUGGUGCUGCUGGGCUGCAGCCUGGCUCACGGGUCCAGAUGUGACGUGAUGAACCAGCUGAGGCGCUCGUUGGACAAGCUGUCGGCGCCGGACCCGCACGGACUGGACGGGGAGCACUUCAUGGCCAAGCUGGUGUGUUACGCCAACGUGGCCAACGGCCUCAACACCAGCGCCGUGACGCAGCUCGACGGCCGCGGCCCCAACGUCACCUUCUACGGGACCUUCCAGCUCCCGAACGACCUGGUCUGCAGCGACGGCACCGUCGCCUCACGGAACCUGUGUGAACAGGACUGCAGCAACUUCGUCAACAGUGACAUUGAAGACGACGCCUUGUGCCUGUUUAGGCUCCUCCUCCUCUUCCUUGAACACGGCUUUGAAGCAGACCAGAAAAUACAGCAAUACAUCCAGCUCAUCUUCAACCCGGCCUGUGCCAACGCCCUGGACGACGGCUACGCCUGCUGACGUCCACGAGCCCCGUCUGCUGGUGCUGUGUGACCAUCACACAGUAAAAGAAGCUGAACUCCUUGUGUCUGUAAUAAAAAGAUCAAACCUAAAGCUCCUUCA